UUGAAAGAUGGCGGCUUGCAUACUCACAUGUUGACAUUUUUGGGGGUUUGUUUUGGUCGAAAAGCCUAUGAAUUGAUCGUAUCACCAUGAAACUUCUCAAACCAACGUGGGUGAAUCAUGAUGACAAACCAAUUUUUGGCAUAGACAUUCAUCCCGAUGGAUCUCGAUUUGCCACAGGCGGGCAGGGGGAAGAUUCAGGUCGAGUCAUCAUUUGGAACAUGGCCCCUGUCCGUAAGGAAGAAGACGAAAAGAACGAAAACGUUCCCAAGAUUCUCUGCGAGAUGGACAACCACCUUGCAUGCGUAAACUGUGUGCGGUGGUCCAACAAUGGGUAUUACUUGGCCUCCGGUGCUGACGAUCGGCUCGUCAUGGUGUGGCAGAUGAUAAGCUAUGGGGGCGCAUCGCGGGCAUUUGGGUCGGGAAAGAGCAACAUCGAACAGUGGAAGUGCGCUCACACUUUGAGGUCACACACAGGAGAUGUUCUCGAUCUUGCCUGGUCCCCUCACGAUGCUUGGCUGGCGUCCUGCAGCAUCGACAACACCAUUGUCAUAUGGAAUGCGCUCAAGUUUCCAGAGGUCAUAUCAGUACUCAGCGGGCACUCAGGAUUGGUCAAAGGUGUCACAUGGGACCCUGUCGGAAAGUACAUAGCGUCGCAGUCUGACGAUAAGAGUCUUCGGAUUUGGAGAACAAUGGACUGGAAAGAAGAGACUUCGAUCUUUAAGCCGUUUGAAGAGUGUGGGGGCACAACGCACAUCCUCAGACUUAGCUGGUCCCCCGACGGUGCUUACGUCGUGUCUGCCCACGCGAUGAACAACAGGGGACCGACAGCUCAAAUCAUCGACCGGGACGGCUGGAAGGCCAACAUGGACUUUGUCGGACAUCGGAAAGCAGUCACAUGCGUUAGAUUUAAUUCCAACAUCUUUACAAGACAGAUCAAGAAAGGCAAUCACACAAGGCAUCAGCCAUACACAUGUUGUGCCAUCGGUAGUCGAGAUAGGACGGUGUCCAUAUGGUUGACAGCAUUAAAGCGCCCUCUGGUGGUAGUCCACGAUGUCUUCAACAACUCCAUCAUGGAUCUUGCCUGGAGCCAAUCAGGGGAUGAGUUGUUGGCAUGCUCUGUUGAUGGCACCAUCUGUUACUUCCAGUUCAGCUGCGAGGAAGUUGGCAAUCAGCUCACAAAUGACGAAAAGGUCAACCUCCAUGAGAAGGUCUACGGAAAGAGCCUCCUGUCUUCUGGCUCUGCCAACCUCGCCGGCCGGAUCAUCGAGAACCCCGACAUGCUGAAACUUCAGCAGCAGCAGAAGGAACUUCGGGAGAAGCAGGCGGCCAAGCUGAAGAGGAUGGCCACGCCCACCAAGCCUGUCGUCCAGGUGCCCGUCGUCGAGGGCCAGCCACUGGACGUGAAGAGUCAACAGAUUGAAACCAGAACUGCGGACGGUAGGCGGAGGAUCACGCCGCUGUACAUCGCUCCUCAACAGGCCACCUUUGGAGUGGCCCCCAAGCCGUUUCCUAGCGCCAGCCAGAGUUUGUUCACCAGCCCCACGUCGGCCAGCCAGCAGGGCCAGACGACAAGUAAUGUAUUCAGCGAGGGUCCGAGCAAGGUCACGGUCAAGACGGAGGCCAUGGAGGGGGUCACCAACAUUGACAGCAACAGCGUGCCUAUUUCAGCACUGGACAGUCGGUUCACCCAGAAGCCGGCCAGCGAAGCCCGACUGUCGGAAAAAGCCAAGCAGGCAGACGACGCCCGCCCGCCUGACCCUGCCAAGCCGGCCAGCGAGGCCCGCCUCACCGAAAAAGUGUCGUCACCUGUAGCGGAGGGCUCUGGAGCCUCCCAGCCGGCUGUCACCAACAUCGCUGCCAUGGCGUCUGCCGCAGCGGCAGCGGCGUGUGCCGAAGCCGCCGCAGCUGCCGCAUCAACAACUCUGACCAGCACGGUCACCGCCCCUCCGCGCACCACCCUUUCAACCACUCCCAAGAGGAAAGACAUUAUCCCGGACAAGGCCGUCAUCAAGAAGCCCAGAAGGGAGUACAGGACCCAGGCCAGGAUAGCAGCAGCCGCUGCAGCCGCUGCCGCGGCUGCUGCUGCAGCAAACGCAGCGAGCACAGCACCAGCGGCUACAGUGACAGUCGCAGGCACUGCAGGUGUGAGUGAAGCGACAAGUAGACUAUCAAAGCCUUCGAUUAAGAUCCCUAUUCCACCGACGCCGAAAAACACAGAGUUCAAAAUCCCUCAGCGGAGCGGGUCCAAUGAACCAGAACUGGUGGUGGAACUUGAGAACAAUGUCACCGUUGGGGGGACCACUGUGCACAAACUUCGAGGUAGCAGAGACAGUGAGAUGGUGUGGGAGGCUGUACUGACCAGCCGAGGAAUAAUCGUCACUGGAAACAGUUUUGUCGUGUGCGUGAGCUGCGAGAACCAAACAGUCAACAUGUUCUCCGUGGGAGGUCGGAGGUUAGUCCCGGCCUGUCUGCUGCCCUCUGUGGUCAGCAUACUGCAAUGCAGCAGCCGCUAUGCGAUGGCUAUCACAUCGAUGGGAAUGCUGUAUGUCUGGGACUUGAAGCAGAUGAGAGCCGUGGUUAGGAGAGAGUCGUUACUCCCUAUCAUGAAAGGUGUUGAUCUGAACAUCACCAAUUCACUGAUAACCGAGCAAGGGGUACCAGCUGUCUCGCUGUCUAAUGGCAGGUCAUAUAGCUAUAGUUCAUCCAUGUCAUGUUGGAUGCUACUCAGUCAGCAAGGCGACAUCCUCAGCCAGUGCUCGGACCAUCAGUCCUGCCAGCCUUCCCAGGAUGCACUGCGAGUCUCGGGACCACUGACUAUGCUUCAUGGCCAGUCACUUAGGGCGGGCAGGCAGUCCCGCGGCGUGUUCCAGGCCAACCUCAGCCUGAAGCAAGCCUCGACGAUGAGUUACCUGGAGAAUCAGCUCUCGGCGGCCCAAGCGUUGAAGUCAGCCAAGGAGUAUCGAUUCUGGCUCCUGACCUACGUGAGGUAUCUCGUACAAGAAGAGCAAGAGGUGAGAUUACGCGACAUCUGCGGCGAACUCCUUGGACCAUUCUACCGAGAAGACGCCAAGGAGUCGCUGUGGCAACCCACGGAAACGGGUUUGUCGAAGCACGAUCUCUUAGAGGAAAUUCUCCCCGUCAUCGGUUCCAACCUCAAGAUGCAGAGAUUGUAUGCGGAGUACCAGGAAGAACUCAAAAUCCUCAAAGAGAAGACAUCAUGGCUUGACUGAUUGAUGAAUUCAUCUUGGAUAAUCUAUCCAAAUGUGAAAUAACCACAUCCAAAAAUGCGUCUUUUAAGUUCAAGCUUUUGACAAAAAUCUGUAUUUGUGAAUGAACAUCUGUGUGACAGGGUUGGGCUUAUCGGCCUAAAGUGGCAGUUGUGUUUGAGAAAGGCCAACUGUCAGAAUUUGCAUUUAGUCCAUACCUCAUUUAUUUUGCCCGAGGGCACGUUUGAUCAAGGUCCACUAGUUAACUUGUGGUAGAUUCGUGAUGUACCUAGGUGAAGUUGAAGUGCGAAUGACCCUAGCCAUCCGUUGUCAUAAGGUGGAAGGGGAGAUAAGGUGGUCGCAGGAAGGGCAAAAUAGCCAAAAAAUGAAGUGAAAAUGGUCAUUUACUAGUAACAUACUCUUUGCUGUCAUUUUUCUUAUAACUGAUCCUCUCUGGACUGUGCUAUUGAAAACGGUUGAUGGCAAUUAACGAUGCGACCAACCUCGAUAGACUGGUCGUGAGUGGUUGAUGAGACUAGUCCAACCAUCGUCAACUAGCCUGCAUUCCAUCAGAGUUAGUUGAACUAAGGUUAACUAUGGUCCUUGAUCGAACUUGUCGUAUUCUUCAAUUACUUCAAAUGCUGAACCAUCUGCACACUACACAGGUCAGGAAGAUCAUUUGAACAUGAGCCUGAUCCCACAAAAUGAGUCUUUCAAGGCCGUCUUUUUCAAAUAAUUUUGUUUUAGUUUGCAUUUGGAAGAGUACACCAAGUUCUUUGUUUUGAAGUGUCCCUCACUUUGCCAUCCUGACAGAAAUGGACACUGUGUGGGUGAUACAUGUUGAACGUUUCUGUUGAUUUACAUUUGUCUCUGGUGACCUCCAGACUCAUUUUGUCAGAACUUAAGUCAAGAAGCCCAAACGUAAUCAACAAUGAAUCCAAUCAAACUUCAAAUCACCCUGAGACAUUUUUGGUCUUUGUGACUGAACUCGUUAAAAUUUAGAUUGGUGUUUACAGUGAUUAAAGAAAAAACGUUAUGUAUAUUUUUAUA